GGAGAACGUGGGCAGGGUCUAUCAUGUGGAAACUGGAAAGAAACAGAUCAGAGAAAGAGAGAGAGCGUCUCCACGGCAAAUUGCGGAGGGUGUCUUUUUUUGUUCCCACGGGAAAUGGGUGACUUCCAGGUCCUCCCAAUUCCUUAAUGGUUGUUUCUGUGAAGUUGUUAGGAUGACCCUUCUCUUCUCAUUCUCCUUUCUCUCUAUUUCUCUCUAUAAGUAUAUUACAUUGUAGAGCAGUAGUCUUCACUCUUGAGUGAGAGAGAGAGCGAGCGAGAGUGUGUGCGUCUCAGAGGCAGAGAUGGACAAAGCUAUCAACAGACAGAGAGUUCUGCUGGAACAUCUUCGACCCUCGUCUUUUUCUUCAAAUUCUUCGCAAACCCACAAAUCUUCCGUCUCUACUUCAGUUUGUUUGGCUGGGGAUAGUGCUGCAUAUCAUCGAACAGCUGCAUUUGGAGAUGAUAUUGUGAUUGUGGCUGCAUACCGAACUGCCAUUUGCAAAUCCAAACGUGGGGGCUUCAAGGAUACCCCUCCUGAUGAUCUACUUGCAGCUGUUCUAAAGGCAGUGGUAGAAAAAACAAAUCUGAAUCCUAGUGAAGUAGGAGAUAUAGUUGUUGGUACAGUUCUGGCACCUGGUUCUCUGAGAGCGUCUGAAUGCAGGAUGGCAGCAUUCUAUGCUGGUUUCCCUGAAACUGUGCCCAUCAGAACCGUCAACAGGCAAUGUUCAUCUGGCCUUCAGGCAGUUGCUGAUGUAGCUGCCUGCAUAAAAGCGGGAUUUUAUGACAUUGGCAUUGGGGCUGGAUUGGAGUCCAUGACAGUGAAUCAGAUUGGUCAGGCUCGCCAAAUUAAUCCCAAAGUGGAGAUCUUUGCCCAAGCUCGUGAUUGUCUUCUUCCUAUGGGUAUCACUUCUGAGAAUGUUGCGCUUCGGUACGGCAUUACACGGGAAGAGCAGGACCAGGCUGCUGUUGUGUCACACAGGCGUGCAGCUGCUGCCACUGCUUCUGGUAAAUUCAAAGAUGAAAUUGUUCCUGUUUAUACAAAGAUUGUGGACCCAAAAACUGGAGAGGAGAAGCCAGUAAAUAUUUUUGUGGAUGAUGGGAUUCGGCCAAACACAAACAUGAAGGAUCUGGCAAAGCUUAAGCCGGCAUUCAAAAAGGAUGGGAACACAACUGCUGGAAACUCUAGUCAAGUGAGUGAUGGUGCUGGAGCUGUUCUCCUCAUGAAAAGAAGUUUGGCUAUGCAGAAGGGACUUCCAAUUCUUGGUGUGUUCAGGAGUUUUGCUGCUGUUGGUGUGGAUCCUGCUGUCAUGGGCAUUGGUCCAGCUGUGGCAAUUCCAGCUGCUGUAAAGUCUGCUGGUCUUGAACUCAAUGACAUUGACCUGUUUGAGAUAAAUGAGGCAUUUGCAUCUCAGUACAUGUAUUGCUGCAAGAAACUAGAGCUUGAUCCUGAAAAAGUUAAUGUCAACGGAGGUGCAAUGGCUCUUGGGCAUCCUUUGGGUGCCACAGGUGCUCGCUGUGUUGCGACUCUGUUGCAGGAAAUGAAGCGCCGUGGCAAGGACUAUCGGUUCGGUGUGGUUUCAAUGUGCAUAGGCACAGGCAUGGGGGCAGCUGCUGUUUUUGAGAGAGGGGAUUGUGUUGAUGAGUUAUGCAACGCUCGAGGGGUCAAAAGUAACAAUCUUUUAUCCAAGGAUGCUCUUGGAAAUUAGGAAACCAACUGUGCGUUUGAUUUCUUUAAUAUGUGUGCUCAACCUUUCAAGUAACAUUAAUUAGUCCCAACUGCUUGUCCGCGGGGAUCCUUUUUAAAGAAAACUAUAAGGAUUACCUGCGCUUCGCGGCGGGAUGAUGUAAAAGAAAAAAUAAAAUAAAAUACAUGUGAAAGAAGUUAAAAAAUGAAUAUAAAUAUUAAGAUCACUGUCAACAAUUCAAAUUUGUGAUAAUAUAUUUUUGUAUGCUUUUACUGCAA